GAAGCAUAUGUCCUGCUUCAGACUUGUCCUGCUUCCACUGCAGAGGAACCAGGCCAAGUUGGAUGAAGCGUAUCCUCAGCUGUCUGCGUCAGUUCCCUGUUACUGUCGGCUCCAGGUUUUCUCUGACCAGUGAGAGAUUUCCAGACUGUCCAGUCCGAGAGGAGUGAACGUGAAUUCUGCUUUACGGAGGUCAUGGUUUGGACUUUAACGGCAGCCUGUGUGUGGCUUGCAGAGGCGUCUAAAAAGAAACGUCCAGCCAGCAUGGACUUCCUGCUGCUGCUGCCCGGCCGCUGGUCUAACUCUGACCUUCGUUCUCAAGGCAGGCAGCUUCCCCAGAUCCCUUCUGGGACUGGAGAGGACGGAGAGCACACUUACUCAGAGGUGGGCCGUCGCUCCUCGACCACACGUACUGACGAUGCCCUCUACGCCAUGGUAGGCAGGGCCGGACAGACGGACACUCCGGCCCCUCCGGCCGUUCCGGCCAACACCCCUGCACCCCCAGACCCGGACGGGGACGUGGAGGGAGGGCUGCCUGAACCCGAGGCCCAGGUCAUGUCCCCGCCUCACCCUCCAGAGACGGCCGAGUACGCCUGCGUCAGGAAGCUGAGGAAGGCAGACAAGGCGCCCCAAAAGAGGGACAGUGGGACAGAUAUGGGCGAGCCGCCGGUGCCACCUCCACGACAUGCCCCACCGUCACAUCCCGCCCCUCCUCCGCCACACCCUCAUAGCACAAAGUUGCCCCGUAGAAACGUGGAGGCCUUCAGCGUCCCAUCGUUCCCAAAGGAAGUGAUGUUUAUGGGAAACGGAGAGCAGUACAUCUGGAAGCCUCCCGAGGACGAGGAGAUGCUCAUGCUGCAAAAUAAAGCCCUGGGCCCUUUGGGUGCUCAGACGCUGGAGAAUAUACAACCGUCUGCUGCUGCGGUGGCUGAGAUGUACUCGAAGGUGUGCAAAACAGGAAAGAAGAAGAGAGCCGUGCCGGGGUCUCCUCCAGCCAAUCCUGGCUUCCGGACCUUGGGUCGUGGUGAUCGGGAUGGGGGGUUUAGUGUAGUGGUCAAACCCCAGACCUGGGCUCCUCUGGAGGGCAAAGCCAUCGGAGGGCCCCUCGACGACCACUGCUACGAGUCCAUCGGGACCGAGGAGUUCGACCCCUCCUAUGAGAACAUGGAAGGGGGAGGUGGCUGGAAGCGAGAGCGACCCCCCAACACGUGUGCCACCCUGCGGCCGAGGAGGAAGAAAGCCCAGCAGCCCUUGCAGCAGCAGCAGCCCCCUCCACCGCCGCCGACGCAGCAGACCCCCAAGUUACAGCACCUGCCUGCCAAAGCCCUGCUGCUGCCGGGGGAGAACCUGUACGAGAGCAUCGGCGACCUGAAGCAGGGCUCCGCCACCUCCAGCACCACCACCAUUUUCACUUUCAACGACGGCAUGGAGAUGUAUGUAACGGGGCUCUGAGGCGGCAGCUGCACUGUGACCCCACCCCCCCCUAUCCUUCCAACACAAGGAGCUGAGCGAACACCACGCGGAGUGACGGCUGAGCCCCUGUCAUGCUCCCCCACACAUACUGUUUACAUUCAAGUCAUAACAUCAGGCCUUUCACAGGCUCCAGAGGCCUCGGGCAGCAAUGUCGACCUGUUAUGACCUGGGCUGAAUACAAAGUCCAAUCUAUAAACCUUAUAAGGAAUCCAAAGGUAGUGAAUAAUAAAUGAGCACAAGACCAUCGCAGAGCAAUCUGCUGGUAACAGUAGCACUUGUAAUUCACUGAGACAUAUGUGCAAAGCACAAUAAAGUAAAAAGCCUAAAUUCUUCCUCAAUUCUAGCGGGUAAAAUAAUCACUUACCUGGUCCGAGCAGGACUUUUAUUUUGGGAAAAGGCACAGCGCUGUGUGAAAUCGUUUGGUAGCACUUCAUGCACAGGGAUUCCCUGUAGUUGGUCAAGAUGUGAUUCAGGAUGGAAUUUAAAUGAUAUAAUGGAAUGAAUUACUAAUCAAAAAUACUUGAAAGCUCAGGGACCAAGAGAAACAAUUAUAAGAGUAUUAUAACAAAAAAAAAAAAAUUGCACACAUUUUGCAUUUCUCCUAAAGGCUUCGACUAAUUUAGACCAUUUUCAUAUUUUAAAAGAAACAAUAACCAGAUACUUCCCUCAUGUUUUGUUUCCUCCAACACGGACUGAACACUUUCUCCACUGCCGUCUGUAAAUGAAGUGUUUUACUUUGUCGAUCCUGUUUCUGCACUUUGCCUGCUACGAGUUGCAUGCUGAAAAAAGUGGAAAAAAAACUAACAAAAAAUCAAGCACUGUCAUGUGGUACCUCUAUAUGAAUGUUUUUAUUUUCUAUUGUCGUUGGUUGUUCAUUUUCUUUAGUGUGUUGCUUUAUUUAUCUGUAGAGCACAAAGCCAGUUAGAUGAAGGAUGUCUUUGGCUCGGCGGGACUCUGUGCAGCAGGGAGGAGCGUUAACUUUCUCUCCUCCUGCGAACGCCCCACACACAC